AUGGGUGGACAGAAGCGGUCGUCGGCACGGCAGACGGACCACCUCCAGAUCCUUGGCGAGGACGUGUCGAAGGGACUGAAGCCGGGAACCGCAAACGGCAAGGCGCACAACGCCUCAGUGCAUCCGGCCGACGCGUGGGGCCAGCCCGAGCACAAACCGAAUGCCAUUUUCGAGCACGUGUCGGACGUGUACGCGGUCUCAGAGGCAGCGAAGCAGGUGUCUUUGACCGUGCGGCGUGCGGGCAACGAGCAGACCUCUGCCUCGUGCAAGAUCCGGACGGUCCCGGGCACCGCGGAAGCACACAAGGACUACGUGCCAAUAGACGAGCAGUUGGACUUCCUUCCCACGGAGACUGAGAAGACGGUCAGAAUCCAGAUAGUAGAGGACAAGAAGCCGGAGGCGACGGAGGAGUUCUACGUGGAGCUCAUCCCGGUCCCGGGCAACGGCAUCGUGGGUUUCAAGAAGAUUGCAACAGUGGUCGUGCUAGACUCCGACUCUCAAGGCAAGCUGAGAUUCGAGACCGACUCCAUGACCAUAGCAGAGCAGACUCACUGCGUGACGAGGAAGAUCAAGGUUGAGCGCGUGGAUGGCGGGGUCGGGGACAUGAGGUGCGCCUACCGCACCGAAGAAGCCUCGGCCAAAGCUGGCAAGGACUUCAAAGAAACGUCAGGAGAGCUGGAAUUCCCCCAGGGAGUGAUGCACGCAUUCAUCGACGUGACGAUCCUCCCCAUGAGUUCGAUCGACCAGAGGAAAGAGAUCUUCCGCCUCAUCAUCGAGCGAUGCGAGGGCGAUGAGACGGCCUGCUUCGACGAGAACACCGAUGGCGGAAGCGAGGCGGGCAUCUGCACCAUAACGAUCGAGUCCGACGUGAGCAGGAUGAAGCAGUACAACGCGUGCCUCAAUGCCGCGGCCACGCGAGGGCUGCUCAACAUGGACAACGUCGAGAUAGGGUGGUCAAGGUGGAAGGACCAAUUCGCCGAGGCUAUUUAUGUGGGGGGCGACGCAGAGUCUCAGGCCGACGCGGGAGUGAUUGAUUGGAUCUUCCACGUCAUCAGCGCGCCGUGGAAGGUGUUUUUCGCCGUCGUUCCCCCGACGGACUUCUGCGGAGGGAAAGUGUGUUUCAUGUGCGCCCUGUUCAUGAUCGGGGUCUGCACCGCCCUCAUUGGCGACCUGGCGAACUUGCUGGGCUGCGCUCUCGACAUCCCGCCUUCGAUUUGCGCUAUCACUUUUGUGGCCCUCGGCACCUCGCUGCCCGACACGUUUGCGUCCAAGACGGCCGCCAUCCAGGACCCCAUCGCAGACAACAGCAUCGGCAACGUCACCGGGAGCAACUCCGUCAACGUCUUCCUCGGGCUGGGGCUAUCCCGAGGAAGAGAAAACAGCAUAAACGCAGACUUUCGGAGCUCCGCGCGGAGUUCUUUGGAUCGGCGCCGGGCCCCCCUGGCGGCGCCCGCCGCCCCCCGCGCCGAUCCAGGAGGUCCGCGCGGAGCUCCGAAAGCUUUCGCUCGUGCCGCUGUGUUUGUUCCUCGCUCAUCGUGGUCCGUGGCCGCCCUGUACUGGGAGUCCGAGGGCGGGGAGUUCCGGGUCGACGCCGGCUCGCUCGGCCCCAUGGUCGCGGUGUUCUGUGGCUGCGCCUUCUGCUGCAUCGCGCUCCUGCUCGCCCGGCGGUGGGUGCUCGGGGCGGAGCUCGGAGGGCCCGUGCUGCUGGCGAGGAUGUCGAGCGCCUUCCUCGUCUGCUUGUGGGUUGGGUACAUCGUCGCGUCUGUGCUCAUCGAGUCGGGCUGA